UGCAACAACAAGUUGGAUUUUAAGUUGGAUUCAACAAACUCGCUUAACUGCCUGAACUUAUUGUAAAUCACUUGUUUCAGCCUAUUGAAUGCCACCUGUUCAUGCGUAGAUAGUGCUGUUAUAAGCGGACCAAAGAUCAAGCUGAAUUCGGUGAAGCAGCCUAGUGAUAAACACCAUUCAAUGCUUGUGUGCAGUGCCUAUGACUUUUAUCCAAAACAAAUCCGAUUGACGUGGUUGCGGGACGGGCAGGAAGUGACCUCAGCUGUUAGUUUUUCUGAAGUGAUGCCUGAUGGAGAUUUUUACUACCAGAUUCAUUCCUACCUGGAGUAUACCCCGACACGAGGAGAAAAAAUUACCUGCAUGGUCGAACACUUCAGCCUCUCUGAACCAAUGCUUCAGGUCUGGGACCCCUCCCUUCCUGUAUCACAACAAAUUCAAAUAAUUCUGGGAGUGUGCGGUCUGAUGCUUGGUUUUGCCUUUAUUACCUCUGGAUUCAUCUACUACAAGAAAAAGUUUGCUGCAUACAUCACUUUCUGCCAAGGGCAAAUAUUGAUUGAUGUGGCAGACCUCCCCGAAGCUGGAGCAUCUCAGCAGUCUGAACAUACACCAGAAUUGUUGGUAUCCAUGACGAUCUGAAUAUGACGCUCUAAAAAAUGAUAAUGGACCGUCACAAUUCUCUGUAUCUCAAGUUUUAGUUCAGUCAUUCUA